UCGGGACAGGGAAAAAUCGUGCCGUUAUGUCGAGUGGCUGUAGCUUGUAACAGUUUGUACUACUCGUUAAACCGGAUUUAAACCGAAGCGAAGGACUUCUCUUCUUAGCCGUGCUGAUAAAGGAUCUGCUUAGGGCUGCGUUUUAUUGAUAGUACGUGGCAACUGUGAAGUUUUUUUUAACGACGUGGAAGCAUUUAGUGUGGAAGGAAGAGGAGCCGUUGGAUUUGCCUGUGGAUCCGUGAACACUCGGUCUGGAUAGCAUUCUCAAGAUCACAGCUGCAGGCCAUUUACUGAUGGGUACAUACUGUGAGGCAACACGCCAAGAGAGCUGCAAAUCAUUCAGAAAAGACAGGAACUGUGAAAGAAUGAAGACGAGCUAGAUACUGUCUCUACAGAGCUGUUAAAGACUGUAGUUCAUAAUCCCAAUCAGAGAAACCUGAAAAGUAAUUUUACUGGUUGAAGCUCAUCUACAAGAGAAGGCCGUGACACAAAGAGAUCAAUAUGAGUGCUGAAGGAUAUCAGUACAGAGCGCUUUAUGACUACAAGAAGGAGAGGGAGGAGGACAUUGAUCUGCAUGUGGGGGAUAUACUGUUGGUAAGCAAAGGAGCCCUGGUGGCUCUUGGGUACACUGAUGGGCUGGAGCAGAGGCCAGAUGAGAUUGGAUGGCUGCCAGGCUUCAAUGAAACCACUCAGGAAAAAGGGGACUUCCCUGGGACAUAUGUCGAGUACAUUGGAAAGAAAUGGAUCUCUCCCCCAACACCCAAGCCAAGGCCCCUCAGACCCUUACCUGUAGCUCCGGGCUCCUUCAAGGCGGAGGCAGACUCUGACUCAGAGCAAGGCCUCUGUCUGCUGGACUUGACGGAGCAGUUCUCCCUUCCAGAGACCGCUCCUCCCAUGCUGGCCCGGCUGCUGGAAGCUAUUGAGAGGAAAGGUCUGGAUAACCCCACCUUAUAUCGAACAUUUACUGCUGGUGCUGGACUUGAAGUCAGACAGUAUUUUGACUGUGAUCCUCCUUCUGCAGACCUGGAUCAGUUUGAACUUCCAGUCCUGUGUGAUGGUCUGCGCAGGUACCUGCAGGAUCUUCCACAGCCCGUCGUCCCCACAGCAUUAUAUGCUCAGAUGGUCCUCACUGCUAAAGAGGUGGUGAAUCCUGAGGAAUGUGCCCAGCUGCUACGUCGCAUUGCCAGCACCCCGAGCCUGCCUCCCCAAUACUGGCUAACUCUCCACUGUCUGCUAAGGCAUUUUGCUAGAGUGUGCCAAAACAGCUCCAAGAACCUGCUCUCUGCUCGAGCCCUGGGCGAGAUCUUCAGCCCUGUGUUUUUCAGACAACAAGUCACCAGUUGUGAACCCAGUCUGGAUGCUCACAUCAAGAUCGUCGAGGUUCUGGUGACCAGUGAAUGGAGUGAAAGUCAAGCUGCUCCAGCUCUACCUCCAAAGCCACCCAAGCCCACAUCUGUGACUAACAAUGGUAUGAACAACAACAUGGCUCUGCAAGACGCUGAAUGGUACUGGGGAGACAUCUCAAGGGAGGAGGUCAACGAGAAACUUAGGGACACCGCAGACGGUACUUUUUUGGUUCGAGAUGCCUCGACAAAAAUGCAUGGAGACUACACCCUGACUCUGAGGAAAGGAGGAAACAACAAGCUCAUUAAGAUAUUCCAUCGGGAUGGGAAGUACGGCUUCUCAGACCCACUGACCUUCAGCUCAGUCGUUGAGCUCAUCAACCACUAUCGCAAUGAGUCACUGGCUCAGUACAACCCCAAGCUAGACGUCAAGCUACUGUACCCGGUCUCCAAACACCAGCAGGAUCAGGUGGUGAAAGAAGACAACAUCGAAGCUGUGGGGAGGAAGCUCUGCGAGUACCACCAGCAGUACCAGGAGAAGAACAAGGAGUAUGACCGUCUGUAUGAAGAGUACACCAGAACGUCGCAAGAAAUCCAAAUGAAAAGGACGGCGAUAGAAGCUUUUAAUGAGACUAUAAAGAUCUUUGAGGAGCAAUGCCAAACACAAGAGCGGUACAGCAAGGAGUACAUUGAGAAAUUUAGGAGAGAAGGCAACGACAAGGAGAUUCAGAGGAUCAUGGGGAACUAUGAGAAGUUGAAAUCGAGGAUAAGCGAAAUUGUAGACAGCAAGCGCCGACUGGAGGAAGAUCUGAAAAAACAGGCGGCAGACUACAGGGAGAUCGACAAGAGGAUGAACAGCAUCAAGCCCGACCUCAUCCAGCUCCGCAAGACCAGAGACCAGUAUCUGAUGUGGCUGACCCAGAAGGGAGUGAGACAGAAGAAACUCAACGAGUGGCUCGGAAUCAAGAACGAGAACACAGAAGAUCAAUAUUCUAUGGUGGACGAUGACGAAGACCUUCCUCAUCAUGAUGAGCGGUCCUGGAAACUGGGCAACAUCAAUCGACUACAGGCGGAGGCGCUCCUACAGGGCAAGAGAGACGGAACAUUCCUGGUUCGAGACAGCAGCAAAGCAGGAUGCUACGCCUGCAGCGUUGUUGUGGACGGUGAGGUGAAGCACUGCGUCAUCAACAAGACCCCCUCAGGUUACGGCUUCGCCGAGCCGUACAACCUGUACAGCUCAUUGAAAGAACUCGUACUUCACUACCAGCACACGUCUUUGGUCCAGCACAAUGACUCUCUGAAUGUGACGCUAGCAUACCCAGUUUAUGCCCAGCAGAGACGGUGAGGACCCAGACGUAUCCACAUGGACACAAAAAGAAAAGGCCUCAUGGGAAGUUGGAGAUACACGUCCUUGGACUCCGUGACUAAACGAGGCUCUGGUGCCCAAGUCGGACUUGAAAACGGAGGAAAAGACGCAAUAAAGCCUGAAACAUUUCAAUGACUUUGCCUGACCACGAGCCUGAAUGUAGAUUUAUUUCUCUUUUUGCUUUUUGUGGGAGCACAGAAUCAAGCGGAAACUGCUGACCUCUCCCCCAGCGGAGGACAUUUGAGGCCUUUUCCCAAUGGUGCUUGUUCUUUUUCAAAGCUUUACCAGCCGGAAUGUCUAAUCGCAGCAGAUAAACUCUUCAAAUGGAACUGUACCCACCGGCCACAACUUCGUUUUUCCACUUUUGUUUUUUUUUCCUUUCACAUCAUUUGUGUGUGUGUGUGUGUCUGUCUUUGUUUCUGCACAAGUGUUUGUGUGUAUGUGGCUGUGAGUGUGUGAUUGUCCAUGUGACCAAAACUCAUAGAAUCAGGAAACUGUGUGACGUCAGGGGCUGUGUAACACAUUUGCUUGUGUUAACUGUUCAGUAGCAAACCAUGGAUCAGCUGAUAAAUGUAGCAAAAUGGCACUUUUAAAACAAAGUUUAAUUUUUUUUUUCUUUUUGGAAAAGACUCAUGGACUUUUAUUGAAAGAGCAGAGAGGACAAGACGUCGGAAACCUUUCUUCUGUUGAGCAUUUCAACAGAAGUAAACUUGAUCUUGACUGUGGGCAGGUGAAACUAUGGACUUGAUAUUUCAUGCAAAUCUGUGAAAUUGUGGAAAGUCAUGAAUCAAAGUGCACCAUACCAAAAAGGAUCAGUUCCUGUUUAGUUAUAUUCUGAUCUGCCAUGCAAUUUCUCUCUCCAUUAUUUCUUCAGAAUUGUUUUAUUCUGUUGCAACCCACAAUAUAAGCUUGUUUUAUUGCUUGAAAAGUAUCUUUUCCUGUGUAAAUAUCCAAGAGGAUAUUUUGUGUCAAAAUGCCAAGAUACAGUAAAAAAAACUGCUUAUGAUUUUUAAAGAUAAUAAUAGAAACAUACACUUUAUUAUGAUUUACUUUAACAACUGGUAUAAAGAUGGAAAAGAUGAGUAUUUUAUUAGUCUUUUUUUGCUUCAAACUAAUGUUCCUCUCAGGCAGAGCCUUCUGAGUAUUUGAGCUGCUUCAGUCACAGUUUCUUACAGAGCUAAGCCUACAUGCAGUUCUUUGUUGAAAUGGACAAAGAAAGUUUGAGCACUCAGAGAAUGGGAUGAUGGGAUUGUAUGACCCUUAUCAACCAUAACCAUGAAACAGUAUAGAUUUAUUUUGUUAUAAAAUAUAUAUGUGUUCCCACAUGAGAAUAUAUGGAAGUAGACUGGUGUUUUCAACUGAUGGAUAUUGUUAUUAAAAGAUCAAUAUACAUUG